AUGGGGCAGGCGCUGUGCGUCUGUUCCCGUGGCACCGUCAGCCUGGGGGGUGCGCGAUACCUCCUGCUGCAGCGCCUGGCCGAGGGGGGCUUCAGCUACGUGGACCUGGUGGAGGGGCUGCGGGACGGGCGCUUCUAUGCGCUGAAGCGCAUCCUGUGCCACGACAAGGAGGACCGGCAGGCGGCCCUGCGUGAAGUGGAGAUGCACAACCUCUUCCAACACCCCAACAUUCUGCGCCUGGAGGCCCACUGCCUGGUGGAAAAGGGUGCCAAGCACGAGGCCUGGCUGCUCCUGCCCUAUGUGAAGGGGGGGACCCUAUGGAGCGAGGUGGAAGCGCUACGGGAGAAAGGAACAUUCAUGCCAGAGCAGCGCAUCCUUCUCAUCCUCCAUGGCAUCUGCAGUGGGCUGCAGGCCAUUCACAGCAAGGGCUACGCACACAGGGACCUCAAGCCCACCAAUGUGCUGCUGGAUGAGGAUGACCAGCCUAUUCUAAUGGACCUGGGCUCCAUGAACCGGGCCCGCAUGGAAGUCACCAAUUCUCGGGAGGCCAUGGCUGUGCAGGACUGGGCUGCCCAGCGCUGCACCAUCUCCUACCGUGCCCCUGAACUCUUCACGGUGCCUAGCCAGUGCGUCAUCGAUGAGCGAACGGAUAUUUGGUCUCUAGGCUGUGUGCUGUACUGCAUGAUGUUUGGGGAGGGCCCCUACGAUGCCAUCUUUCAGAAGGGUGACAGCGUGGCACUGGCGGUGCAGAACCCCAUCACCGUCCCCACAACUUCCAGGUACUCAGCUGCCUUGCACUGCCUGCUCUCCUCCAUGAUGACAGUGAACCCCCAGGAGCGGCCCAACAUUGAGGACAUCCUACAGCAGCUGGAGGGACUGCAGGCUAUGCCUGCCGGCCAGGUCACCACAAGUAUCUGAGUGUGGCCCAUUGCUGGCCUAGGCUGUAUUGGGCUGCCCUGGACCUGCUUUCCCCUACGGCUGCUCCUGAGGGGAUUUCUGCACCCCAGGGAGAGCUGCUCUGUGCUGGAGGUGUUUUGGAGUCAGAUGUUGUCAUUUGGGGUUGUGCGAUGCAGUGGUUUGUACCCUGAAUGCUGCCGCUGGGGCCUGCAUGGCUGCUGGUGUCUGUGUGGCUGCUAUGGCCAGCACGGCCCAGCACUAGGUUGCAGGACUGGCACAUGUGCCCUGCUGCUGAGGGCAAGGCCUCGCUGCCCUCUCUGAGCCCACAGGGCAGCAGGUAUCUCCUGCCCUGGGGUAUGGCUGCAGCCGGGCCCGGCCUUGUGCUGUGGAGCAAGGCAGGGGCAGGCUGGGCUCAGCGCCCGCUGCCCUGGCACCCACAUUGCCUUGUGUUUUGAAUAAAGGUGUUCUUGCGGAGAUA